CCGCCCCCGCCCUCGCUGCAGCAUCUUCUGGCUGCCGGGGCGGAGCGGCCGGGCCUCCCGUUCCAUCCUCCGUCCGUCCCCGUCCUUCGUCCCGCUUUCGGUGAGGAUGGCGACGCCGCUGACGGACAGCGAGAAGCGGAAGCAGAUCAGCGUGCGGGGGAUCGCGGGCUUGGGCGACGUGGCCGAGGUGAGGAAGAGCUUCAACCGGCACCUGCACUUCACGCUGGUCAAGGACCGCAAUGUCGCCACCCCCCGCGACUACUAUUUCGCCUUGGCCCACGCCGUGCGCGACCACCUGGUCGGCCGCUGGAUCCGCACCCAGCAGCACUACUACGAGAAGGACCCUAAGCGCAUUUAUUAUCUGUCUUUGGAAUUCUAUAUGGGCCGUACCCUGCAGAACACAAUGAUCAACCUGGGUCUCCAGAAUGCCUGUGAUGAAGCUAUUUAUCAGCUGGGAUUGGACUUGGAAGAACUGGAAGAAAUAGAAGAAGAUGCUGGCCUUGGAAAUGGAGGCUUAGGGAGAUUGGCAGCCUGUUUCCUGGACUCAAUGGCCACCUUGGGUCUGGCAGCCUACGGCUAUGGGAUCCGUUAUGAAUUUGGCAUUUUUAAUCAGAAGAUUGUCAAUGGCUGGCAGGUUGAAGAAGCUGAUGACUGGCUGCGCUAUGGCAAUCCCUGGGAGAAAGCCCGUCCUGAGUAUAUGCUUCCUGUGCAUUUCUAUGGGAGAGUGGAGCACACACCUGAUGGUGUUAAAUGGCUGGAUACUCAGGUGGUGCUAGCCAUGCCAUAUGACACUCCAGUGCCGGGCUACAAGAACAACACUGUUAAUACGAUGAGACUGUGGUCUGCCAAAGCUCCUAAUGAUUUCAACCUCCAGGAAUUUAACAUUGGGGAUUACAUUGAGGCGGUCCUGGAUAGAAAUCUGGCGGAAAACAUCUCCAGAGUACUGUAUCCAAAUGAUAAUUUUUUUGAAGGCAAGGAGCUCCGGUUGAAGCAGGAAUACUUCGUGGUGGCUGCCACACUUCAGGACAUCAUACGCCGCUUCAAGUCAUCCAAAUUUGGUUGUCGAGAUCCAGUGAGAACUUGUUUUGAAACAUUCCCAGACAAGGUUGCCAUUCAGCUGAAUGACACUCACCCAGCACUCUCCAUUCCGGAACUCAUGCGCAUUUUGGUGGAUGUUGAAAUGGUGGACUGGGAUAAGGCCUGGGAGAUCACGAAGCGGACAUGCGCAUAUACCAACCACACUGUACUACCUGAGGCUCUGGAACGCUGGCCAGUCUCCAUGUUUGAGAAGCUGCUGCCACGCCAUCUGGACAUCAUCUAUACCAUAAAUCAGAGACACCUGGAUAAUGUGGCUGCCCUGUUUCCUGGGGAUCUGGAGCGUCUGAGGAGGAUGUCCAUCAUCGAGGAAGGGGACUGCAAGCGCAUUAACAUGGCCCACCUGUGUGUGAUUGGAUCUCAUGCUGUCAAUGGAGUGGCCAGGAUUCACUCUGAAAUCGUGAAGCAUUCUGUUUUUAAAGAUUUCUACGAACUAGAACCUGAGAAGUUCCAGAAUAAGACAAAUGGAAUCACUCCUCGGCGUUGGCUUCUUCUUUGCAACCCUGGACUGGCAGACAUCAUAGCAGAGAAAAUCGGAGAAGAUUAUCUGACUGAUUUAAGCCAGCUGAAGAAGUUACUGCAGUUUGUUGAAGAUGAAUCAUUUAUAAGGGACGUGGCCAAAGUCAAACAGGAGAACAAGAUGAAGUUUUCUGCUUUCCUAGAGCAGGAGUACAAGGUGAAAAUCAACCCCUCCUCCAUGUUUGAUGUACAUGUGAAGAGAAUUCACGAGUAUAAGAGGCAGCUCCUGAACUGCUUACAUAUCAUCACGUUAUACAACCGGAUCAGGAAAGACCCAGGCAAAACGUUUGUACCAAGGACUGUCAUGAUUGGAGGGAAGGCAGCACCUGGCUACCACAUGGCCAAAAUGAUCAUUAAGUUGGUCACCUCCAUUGGCGAUGUCGUUAAUCGGGAUCCAGUUGUCGGAGACCGGCUGAAAGUGAUCUUCUUAGAGAACUACCGGGUGUCCUUUGCUGAGAAAGUAAUUCCCUCAGCGGACCUGUCUCAGCAGAUCUCUACUGCGGGGACAGAGGCCUCAGGCACAGGAAACAUGAAGUUCAUGCUGAAUGGAGCCCUCACCAUCGGUACCAUGGAUGGCGCUAAUGUGGAAAUGGCCGAAGAAGCUGGCGAGGAGAACCUGUUCAUCUUUGGCAUGAGGGUGGAGGAUGUGGAGGCAGUUGAUAGGAAAGGGUACAAUGCCAGGGAGUACUAUGACAGGCUUCCUGAAUUGAGACAGGUGAUUGACCAGAUCAGCAGUGGAUUCUUCUCCCCCAAGGAACCCGACUGCUUCAGGGAUGUUGUGAACAUGUUGAUGCACCAUGACAGAUUCAAAGUCUUUGCAGAUUUUGAAGCCUACUUGGACUGCCAGGCUCAAGUGGACCGACUGUAUAGGAACCCAAAAGAGUGGACCAAGAAAGUCAUCAAGAACAUUGCUUGCUCCGGCAAGUUUUCCAGCGAUCGGACAAUAACUGAGUAUGCCAGAGAGAUCUGGGGAGUGGAACCCUCAGCUGACAAAAUGCCUCCUCCCAACAUCCCCAGGGAAUAAGCUUCUCCAUCCUACCCAAGGGCUCGUGGUGACUGCCCACCGUCCACAUGGGUUCUGGGUUCAAGUGCUCUCUCGUUUCUAGUUGGCUUUGCACACCUGCAGUUUGCAUGCAUUUUCCUGCCAGUGGAUGGUCUUGUUCUUUCUAACCGCCAGGGCCCCGUGGAGGGAAGGGCCGGGGGGGGGGGGGGUGAGGCAGGGGGAGAGGAGGAAAGGCAGGAAGUUGUGGGGAGAGGCUUCCAAACCAGAAGAUUCAAGCUUGGACGUUGCUGACAGAAGCAGUCCGAGCCUAUGGGCCACAGACAGUUCUCAGGAUGUCCAAGCAAGCACCCCGACCCAGCGGAAACAAGCCCCACAGAAAUGUACAUUAACGAGCAGAGGCAGCGAAGACUAUUCUGCCUAUUGAGGUCACUCAAGUAGCCCAAGCCGUGGCUGACCUUCAGGGCACUUGCAGAUUUGAUGUGCAGUGGAAGAGCGGCCCUAAGCUGCCUCUGGGGAUGUGAGAAAGGCCCAGCUCCAGCCCCUCCUUGAAGGGUGCGGGGGGACCUCUCCAAAGGCCGGGUCCUCUAUGCUACUGUCUGCUUGGCUUUCCCACCCAGACUUUGUGGGUUGGACGCAGGCGGCCUCGUGAGCCUAGAGUUUUUUCUCCUCUCAGAGUCAACGUCCCUUCAAACGCUUGCUGUCAGGAAGAAACGAAACCAGCACCACAAAGCCCCCCUUUAGCCUAGCACCACUGACUGCCGAAACCCAGCUCUAAGGCUUGGCAACUGUAGGAUGUGGGACCCGAGAUGAUAGAACUGGCAAAAUGGUGAGGGCCAAGGCAGCUUGAUCGGUUCUGCUUUUCUGCCCCAGAAGCACAGCGUAUCCCAGGGGCCAGGUACUAUUUGGGGUGGGAUUCCAAAGGCCAGUUGGAAGAGAAGGAAAUGAAAGUCAAUUUCUGCCUCUGUAGCCCAUUGGGAGGGUAGGGACGAAGACACUUAAGGCACUUAGGCUCCUUCCCCAAGGUCCUUAGUGCUGCCAGGUUCCCCAUCCCAUGGUCUCUGACACCUCUGCAUCCGGCGGGGUCUUGUAGACCGGCAGCUAAGUUAGAUGAGCCAGCCAGCCCCUUUGAACAGAGAGGCUGUUUGGGGGCCUGAAGCCUGCCUCUUCACAAGACCCAAAGGGAAGCGGAGGCAGCUGCAGUCCAUUCCCAUCUUGGCAGGAGCCAGGGAGGCUGAAAAGGCCCAAGAUCCCACGGUCAGAUUACACCACCAUGCCCAUCAGUCUGUCUCCGUGCACUAGACGUUUGCGAGGACAAGGCCAUCUACUGGGAAGGGGUAGUUUUGUCUCCUUUAAUCAAGAGCUUAAACUAGACGAAGCUGUUUCCUGCUCUGCCAGCCUAGGAUGGUGUUCACUUAGAAAAGAGCAGUUGCUCGCCCUGACCCUUUUCUGGCCUGCCCAAAUCCUAUUCGACUCCAAGACCCCAGCAGGGCUGCUGCCUUCCCCACCUCAGGCUGUUGGGGAGUCCAGUGUGCUGCUGCCCCGAAGGAAUAGCUAGAAAGCGACUGGGGUCCCAGCAGCUGUCAGCGUUCAGUGCCCUAGGUGUCCACUUCAGCACCCUGCCACGGUCGUCUUCGCGGGGGGGGGGGGGGGGGUGGUCGCUGAGAAAAGAACUGCCUCUGCUGGAAAAUGAAUUGCAGACAGUCCAGCGCCAGUCCGACCUGGCUCAGCACUCCAAGGCGGUUGUGAAUAACUCGGCAGAGCCCUGGUGAGGCCGUCAGACCUCCCGCACUGUUCUUCGAGUCAUCUUGCCUGGGGACAUGCUUGUCUUUGCCAUAGCCAUACCAGAGGGGUGUCCCCCAGUCCCGCUGGGUGCUAACCUUCUCUCCCCCUCGUUGUUUGUCCGGGACUAGUUGUCUAGCCGCAUCCCCCAUCCGCCCGUCAUAGGACCUCCCCCCCGCAGGAGUUUCUGAGGGGUGACCGCUAGGGGGCCGAGUGCCCGGGACUCCCGCCCACCGCCUUGCUUGGUUCAAAGAUGCAGCAGCACCGACUCUAUGCCUUGUGAGGCAGGGAGGGCUUUGUAAAGCAGCCCCUCCUGGAUGUGUCCAACCUGUGUCCACCAACAUGUAUGCCCAUUAUCUCAGUCCAGCAGAAUGUGUGUAUAUGUGUGUGUGUGUGUAACAAUUUACCCUGUUGUGGAUCACUGUUACAGCCCUGGGUGGGCAAUACUUAUUAAACAAUCCAACCACUAGUGGGGUGAA